AUGCCUCCUAUUCAGUCUAAGACUGAAGGUAGGGGUAACGGUAUCAAAACAGCUAUUGUUAAUUUGGCGGAAGUUGCUCGUGCUUUGAACCGUCCGUCUCCAUAUUUGGUGAAAUUUUUUGGUUACGAGUUGGGUGCACAAACGCAGGUUGACAGAUUCCUUGUUAACGGUGUCCAUGACACAUCCGAGUUGCAAGAUUCGCUAGAUGGGUUCAUUAACAAAUUUGUUUUAUGUGGCUCGUGUAAGAACCCCGAGACUGAGAUUGUUCUCAAGGGUAAAGACACACUAGAAAGAGAUUGUAAAGCAUGCGGUAAGGUUACCAUUAUUGACCCCAAACACAAGUUAUAUUCAUAUAUCGUGAAAAAUCCACCAGACAACAAAAAGGGCAAGAAAACUGGUACUGCUACUGCCAAUGUUGUUGGUGGUGGUAAAUCGAUUUCGGAUAUUGUAGCAGGUCAUGAAGGUGACGUUUCCGGCACCAAUCUCGAUGAUGAUGACGAGGAUGAUGAUUUGUUGGCAAAGAAAAUCAAUGCCGAAGCUGCACAGUUGCAAGAGUUGAAGGUUAAGGAUGACGAAUGGGCAGUUGAUAUGUCACAGGAAGCCAUUGCAGCUAGAGCAAGAGAGUUGGAAAGCGGAUUGAGCAAACCUGCUCCUACCAAGUUUGAUGAAUUGGGUGAGUGGUUGAUAGCUGAAUCUGAUGGGUCAGUUGAAAAUUUGCCAUCAGAUGUUGAAAUUUACAAAAAAAUUGUGGAAUUGGACAUUGUUGAUGCCCCAGAAACCUUGCAAGUUUUGGCGCAAACUCUAUUCGACAAGGACAUAGUAAACCAAAUAGAGCCCCACGUUGGUUUAUUGGCUAAGUUGAUCAAUGGCAGAGCUGAAUUUGAACAAUCGUUGCUUGGUGGAUUGGAGAGAUUCAUUGGUGUAACAAAACCGGAAUUAAUACCUCAAACUCCAAAGAUUUUGCAUGGAUUCUACGAGAGAGAUUUGCUUGGUGAAGAAGUGAUUAUUCCUUGGGGUCAAAAGAUUUCAAAGAAAUAUGUGCCAAAGGAUGUGUCCAAAAAGGUUAGAAAAGCUGCUAGACCCUUUGUACAUUGGUUGCAAGAAGCAGAAGAGGAGGAUAGUGAUGAAGAGGAGUAA